AUGGAUUCCGAUUCGUUGGAUUGGAUAUGGGGAGAUUUUAAUAACUCGCCUAAUCUUGCCGAGUUGAUUGAAGAAGUCGAAGACGAUAACUACGUAUUGUUUGAUAGUAAUGACGACGAUAAAUCAGACUCUAGUUCCGAAUCAAGUUUCGAUAAUGAUUGUUCGUUGUUAAUCGGAGAUAAGAGAACAGCACUAGAACUGAAUGAAAUAGUUAGCGAUAUCAAGAAUCAAUAUGACGAAACGUUGUCCGAAUUAGAUUCGACGACUGAUGGUGAACUCGAAGACGACAAUCACAAAUCUGUCGAUCUACUUUACAUCGAUGCUCUGGAAGCAGUAAAAACUAACUUGUCGGAUGUUGAACUAGAAUGGUCGAAUACAUUGUAUGAAUAUACUGUGAACGAGAAAAACGUACCAGAAUCUUACACAAAAACUACAAGUAUAGAAAAGCAGAUAAUUUUGUACGCCAACAAUUUUGUUGAACAAUUUAAAAUAAAAUAUCCGAAUAGAAGACAGUUGGUUUUAGUACUCCUAAAUGAAUGCGGUAUACAGAAAUGUGUUUGCACUACAAUCAAACCAUCCCGAUUAGUCUACCCCAAUUUGAGAGAUUUGAUCAGUUACAGUGAAUUUGUUGCCAAGCACAUAACAUAUAUUAAGUUGGAAGAUCCUGUGGCUGUGCCUAACAAAAUCAUGUCUCCUACAACAACAAUAGAAAUGCAAACUGCUAAUUGUUUUGAAAUGGCGAUACUGUUAGUAUCUUUUUUAAUUGGUUCUGAGUGCAAUGCUUUUGUUGUUUAUGGUUAUGCCACAGAAAUCGUGUGCAAUAAUGAUCUAAGAAAAGUUAAGAUAGACCUGGAAGAAUAUGAUUUACAAAAGUCAGAUUCCGAAAAUAUUUCGGAAGAUUUAGAUGAUGCGAAUUUAUUAGAACCUAAUAAUGAUUUGUGCAGCGAAUAUGUUAAAUAUCUAAUAGAAGAAGAACAAAAUAAAACCGUGGUCAAAGAUGAAGUUAAAGAGGUAUACCUAUACGCUAUAGGCUAUAUUAUAUCAUAUAAAUGUUGUAGCUAUUUGAAAACAAGAUUGUGUUUAAUUUUUAUUUAUUUUAAUUAAUAAAUACGAAAUAUUA